AUGCGUUCGCGACGCGCAAUCCUCUCGACUCUGAUAGUGAACGUCAAGGAGAUCAACGACCACAUCUUGAACUCCCUCGACGGUCAUCUGUACGAGCUGAGAAGCGCCGACACAGUAGACAGAGAGAACGACGAUGGCUUGGAUGUCGACGUUCAACUCCUGAACACGGCUACUGGCAAGGGCGUACCAGACCAUGUUCUGCGGCUGAAGAUCGGCUCUGUUUGCCUCAUUAUGAGGAAUCUCAACAUUGCUGAAGGACUCGUCAACGGCACUAAAGUCAUUGCAAUCGGCAUCUCCAACCGUCUGAUUACAGUGAGACUUCCCGGACAGACGCAACCUAUCGGAAUUCCCCGGAUUACGUUUACGUUCACGUUUGUCGAGAGUUCGCCGUUACGUGUUCGUCGACGUCAGUUCCCACUGAUGUUGGCCUAUUGCAUGACCGGACACAAGAGCCAAGUUGCAGAACUGAGUAGCUCAGAAGCCAAAACAGGUGUGAUACCAGUUGUGCUCGCUCUUAUACCCAACAAAAUGAAAGAAACGUACAUUGUCACUUUUCCGAUCAAGUCCGCCAAAUCCAAUAUUAUCACACCGGAAUACGAAGAUAUACGACAACUUCAGGAGGACAUGAAAUCGGCCCGCACCAUGUUUUUGUGA